AUGGCUUUGCUGUGGCUGCUCGUUCUGCUGGCCCUGCCUGGUCCCGUGACUGGCAACUGGGACACCUGCAGGGGCACCUGUGGGCUCUCGCCCAUGGUUUUGAACGAGACUUUGGUGAUUCCUGAGUAUGGAACCUCGCACUCUGCCAAGGACACAACCCUCAAUGUCAACCCAGGGGCCUGGCCUGGCAUCGCCAGCAUCCAGGUGACCCUGGACAAUGGCACGUGGCACAUGUGCUCAGGGGCACUCAUCGGCCACAGCUGGGUCCUCACAGCUGCCAGCUGCUUCGUCGGGGCCGGGAAUGUCCUCGACUGGAAGGUGGUGGUUGGGGCCACAGAUCUGGCCAACCCAGGCCCUGCAGCCGAGGCGUUCCCGAUCAAGAAGCUCCUGAAGCACCGGAACUACGACCCAGUCACGGCUCGGAACAACAUCGCCCUGGUGGAGCUGGACCAGCCCGUGGAGUGCAGCGACUACAUCCAGCUGGGCUGUGUGCCCGACAGCUCCCUGGCAGUGUCCAAGCUGAAAAUGUGCUACAUUGCGGGCUGGAGAGCCACUCCAGACAGCUCCCCCAGCCCACGCCUGGUGCUGCAGGAGGCCAAGGUGCAGCUCAUCGACGUCCAGCUGUGCAACAGCAGCCGCUGGUACGGGGGGGCCGUGCACCCCCAGGACCUGUGUGCGGGGUACCCGCGGGGCGGCAUCGACACCUGCCAGGGGGACAUUGGGGGUCCCCUGGUCUGCAAGGACAACACCGGUGACUACUUCUGGCUGGUGGGCCUGGCCAGCUGGGGCAGGGGCUGUGCCAGGGCCAGUAGGCCUGGCAUCUUCACCUCCACCCAGCACUUCCACUCCUGGAUCCAAGCCCACGCCGGACUGCAGCCACCAGAACCCAGGCCACCAGAACCCAGGACACCAGAACCCAGGCCACCAGAACCGAUACCAACACAACCGAGGCCACGAGUACCGGAGCCAGAACCAGAACCGGAGCCAGAACCUGAGCCCGAACCAGAGCCAGAACCAGAGCCAGAACCAGAGCCAGAACCGGAGGAGGACAUUUCCUUCCCAAAACGCGCCCUGAAACGAUUCCUCAAGAAGCUGCAGGAUCUGCUGGAGCUCCUGAAGCACAGGACAGGGUGA